AUGGUGCUUGAUUGCACGAAGAUUCCUUUUCAAAAGCCUAAAAACAUGGAGUCGCAGCUUCUGACAUCCAGCAGUUUACAAGGCACUCACACUGCAAAGGUGCUUGUGUGCAAGACACCAGGUGGCCUGAUUAGCUAUGUUAGUCCGGCCAAUUGCGUUAGAUCAUCAGAUACCCUCAUCAUGAAGGAAAGUGGGCAUUUAGAAAUAUGCCUGCCAUUCAUUGACAGUGUGAUGGUCUACAAGGGGAUUUUAAUUGAUGAGCUAUGUUGUGAACACAAGGUGAAUCUGAUUCGCCAGCCAUUCGCUUGUAAAAAGGAGCAGCUCAGCCUGCACGACGCCAAGAGCAACCAGAACAUAGCAGCCGCACGUGUCCAUGUUUUACGUGCUAUUCACCGCAUGAAGCUGUUCAGAAUCCUCCGCGACAAUUUCAGCGCAGACCUGCUCCCGCAAAUUGACGUCAUUGUCGGAAUCAUUGCAGGUCUACGCAACCUUUCGAAGCCCCUGUUCAACGACAGCAGAUAUCUAAGCACUUAA